CCAUAGUGUCAUAACCGACGCAGUGUCUCGUUCCCCUUCUCGGGGAACCAGGGUUACAUACGUAACCCAAGACGUUCUAUUGUUUCGUGGUCAUGUACGGAUGGACAGAUAACUUUUAGAGCCUCGGUCAGUUUUGGAAGUCAUGGCACCUCUUUCCUUUUCUCCAGCAAUGGCCACAACAGCUGAGGACCAAGGUUUUCAAGAAAUAUAUGUGGCUUCUGAGAUCAUUUGGUUUCUCAAGUUGGAAAUUUGGCCAAGAAUACACUUGCACUUUUAUAGCAGCAAGCUCAAGGCAGUUGAGAUAACUAUAUAAGGUUCCCUUAUCAGUCCUAACUUCUAUUUGGGACUGUAACUUUAACAGUAUCGUGACUGUUUUCACAUUCAGAGCCCAUGUCUUUCAUUCUCAUGCUCCAGUUCCUCUCAUAGCACAAAGCAUGAUGGAAAACAGUCUAAUUCAGGCAUUAACCUGCAAGUUUUAUCAACUUGCAUUUUACCCACGAUUUUUUGCAUUUUUAAAUAACCAGUUAUAGGUUAUGGUCUUGAUAAAGUGGUCCGACACAGGAAAGCAGACAUUUGGAAAGGAGGAGUUGGAUUGAUAUCAGUCUAUCUUGAUCCUGAUUCAGCCUGUAGCUCUGCUGCUCUUUCUCAGACUCCAAAUGUGGUUGAAGUUGAAUAAACUUGCGCUGCUAUACAAUCAUUAGGUCUCUCGUGGUUUGGAAUAUAAUUGUUUAUUGUAUGCCUUUUUCCUGAAUGCAUUUUGAAAAGAUACUCAAUUUUGUAGUCAUGGAUGUAUCUGGCAAAUGUUUUCUGGCCAUUUUAACAUGUUUUUCGGGGGAACCUCAAUCAUUUGUGAAUUAAUAUGACAGCAAGUAAUCUAAUUGUUCUCAUGAUCUACAUCAACCAGAAGAGUCAUUUGUAAGAUUUCUGUUUGUUAAAAAAAACUGCUUGAAAGACAUGGAUGGAACAAACCACAAACUUGAUAUUUGUUCCUAUCUCUGAAUAAAUGUCAAGCUUCUACCUAUUGCUCAGUCUUUGAUGUCAUGCCACUUUAAAAAAAGGUCAAGAUAAGGCAAAGAAACAUAACAAAAACAUAACAAAGCUUCUUUUCUAAAGAUAUGUUUCCAUGCAGAAAAUAGGCUUAAACAAGGUGCAAAGGUGAUUUUUAUCUUACUGUCUAUUUGUUUUAUCUUUCUUUUUUCAUGCCCACUCUGUUGUCCCCCAAUCAAGGACGUAACUACCGUUGUCUGUGCCCGGGGCUACAUCAGUGCUCUUUAAUAUUUUCAGCCUGUGUUCAGGUUGGGGGAAGAGUCACACUGGGGCCCCUUUGCCUUCUCUGCACCCAUGCAAGGUUGCUGCUGUGGCAGCAUGUGGCCAGAGGUCUACAGAUAAUCCUUUUACCUCUACUCGCCUGUGGGCACUGUAAAUCACUUCACAAUCAUGUUAACCACCAAAGUCAGCAGCCAAAAGCUGUACAAAUUCACUUGAUGUGGUUGUUGCUGAGGUAAGAAACAGAGUGCUCCCCCCAAAAAACAACGUGUUGUUCUCUCUUUCCUUCUUGUGUGUGUGUGUGUGUGUUUUUACCACAAUCAAAUCUAAUUUGUGAAGAGCUGUGGAGAUUGAAUUGAGCUGAUAAAGUGACUUAAUUUUCCACAGUUGACUUUUCUCUGGUCUAACCUUUAUGCAAAGCCCUGAGGUCAAAGCUUUGAUUAUUGUCUAAAGAUGACUACAGUGGACCCAACAGGUGGUUAUUACUACACAUCUUCACCAUGUAAAUGUUAAUCAUAUGAACAGGAAUUAAGAAUAUAUAGGUAUAUUUGUUAUAUAUAUAUAUAUAUAAAAUCUGUGCAAAAUAUUAAUAAUUUUAAAUUGUUCAGUACAAAUGUAGUAAAUUCAACAACACAUUUUUUGAAGACCACUGAAAAUGUGCCAAACAUUAGGAAAACGCUGGCUGUUUCAACUUAAAUCCUCAGUGUGUGUAGGCUUUAAAGGUCAUAUACAUGUACAGACGGCUCCACGUUGGGAUGUGUCUGAUAGAUUCUGCGCAUUGAUUGAUUUAAGCAAGAUGUACGUGUUUGACGUCAGAAACUGCAAACAAAUGACCCUAUAAAAAGAAAAAGCUCUGGGCGCACAGGUCUAGAGAGUGCUACAACUACGCUAUCACUUCAGUCACACUUUGACAGGCAAACAGAAGACUUCUGAGCCUAAAGAUGCCCCUUUCAAGCAGCUCCACUUCCUCCACAAAGAGCAUCCGCAGAGCAGCAUCCGAGCUGGAGAGGUCUGACUCCAUCACGUCUCCAAGAUACGUGGGUAGGCGGCAAAGCUUGAUCGAGGACGCGCGCAAGGAGAGGGAAGCCGCCGCUGCAGCGGCAGAGGCUGCAGCCGCCAGCGAGCAGAUAGUCUUUGAGGAGGACGAUGGUAAAGCGCUGCUCAACAUCUUCUUCACUUUAAGAAGCUCCAAGACACCUGCACUGUCGCGGACUCUCAAAGUUUUCGAGACAUUUGAAGCUAAGAUUCACCAUUUGGAGACGCGACCAUGCCGGAAGCUCAAGGACAGCCUGGAAGGCCUGGAGUACUUUGUUCGCUGUGAGGUGCACCUCUCUGACGUCAGUACUCUUAUCAGUUCCAUCAAGAGAAACGCAGAGGAUGUUAAAACCACCAAAGAAGUCAAAUUUCAUUGGUUCCCAAAGAAAAUAGCAGAUUUGGACAAAUGUCAUCAUCUGGUCACAAAAUUUGAUCCAGACUUGGAUCAGGACCAUCCUGGCUACACAGACCCUGCUUACAGAGAGAGGAGGAGAAUGAUUGGAGACAUCGCCUUCAGAUACAGACAUGGGCAGCCGAUUCCCAGAGUGGAAUACACAGAGGAGGAGAUUGGCACAUGGAGGGAAGUCUACUCAACUCUGAAGGAUUUGUAUACCACACAUGCCUGCAACGAAUACCUUGAGACCUUCCAUCUGCUGGAAAGGCAUUGUGGGUACAGUGCAGACAACAUACCCCAGUUGGAGGAUGUGUCACACUUCCUCAAAGAGCGUACAGGGUUCCUGCUGCGUCCAGUAGCAGGUCUGCUCUCAGCCAGAGAUUUCCUGGCCAGUUUGGCCUUCCGGGUGUUCCAGUGCACGCAGUACAUCCGACACUCCUCCUCCCCUACGCACUCACCAGAGCCUGACUGUGUCCAUGAGCUGUUGGGCCACGUCCCCAUGCUGGCUGACCGCACGUUCGCACAGUUUUCACAGAACCUUGGCCUGGCAUCACUUGGGGCUUCAGACGAAGAUAUUGAGAAACUGUCCACACUAUACUGGUUCACUGUCGAGUAUGGCUUAUGUAAACAGAAUGGCGAGGUGAAAGCUUAUGGCGCUGGACUGCUCUCCUCCUACGGAGAGCUUGUGCACUCGCUGUCUGAUGAACCAGAGACAAGGGAGUUUGAUCCAGAGGCUGCGGCAGUGCAGCCCUAUCAAGACCAGACAUACCAGCCUGUGUACUUUAUUUCUGAGAGUUUUUCAGAUGCCAAGGAGAAAUUCAGGAGGUACGUGUCCGGUAUCAAGCGACCUUUCUCUGUGAGGUUCGAUCCAUACACCAGCAGCAUUGAGGUGCUGGACAACCCGCUGAAGAUCCAAGGAGGCCUUGAGUGUGUGAAGGAUGAACUUAAGACGCUGACAGAUGCCCUCAGUGUUUUGUCAUGAUGAUGCCCCGCUGUGUGAGCAUCCUGCUGUUGUUUGCUUCCUCUCCACUGCGCUGUGCCACGUGUGACAAGACCAAUGUGUUCAUAUUUCUGUGCUGUGCCUCCAGUAUGAUGCUGUUAUUGAUGAGUUGUUGCUUGUUGGCUGACAAGGUUGUGACUAUUAAAACCUCAAUGUGCAGUGCAGGCAAAGUUUCAAAAGAUAUUUAACGCCUCGCUGGGUAUGGAUCCAUUUGAGAAAUAAUGGGGUUAACUGAGUGGCUUGUUCAUUAUGUUAAAGCAAAAUAUGUUGUUUGAGGAAUAUGUCAAAAUCUUUACCAAAAUCAAAGAGAACUGUGAUAAUGAAUGUAUUCAAAGAAAACUAAAUGGGUAUCAUAUAAUUAUUUUAAAAUUCAAUGAACAUCACUGUAAAAUAAAGAUUAAAGUGUAUAUUUAAAUCAGAUGAAUUUUAUUUAGAAAAAAGUAUAUCUGCUGUGUUAAAAACUUAUUUUCCAGUUUACUUAUUUUCCAGAUGUGUGAGUUCAGUUUUUGCGUGUUACCUCUAAAUCUGCUGAUUUAUUGGGUUUUAUGCUGUUUUUGUCUUGCAGAGUAAAUGCAUAGUAAAAUAAAUAAUAUAACACACUCUCCAUGUAAUGUAAUGUUGAUUACUGACUGAGUAAAAACAAUCUGUCAAAUAAUAAAGACUUGCUUUUUUUCUGUCA